AUGGAAGUCCCACGGCCAACUGGAUCAGCAGGAGGCUCCAUUAGAAGCAUCUCGGGAGUUUAUGUGGAGGCUUCUGGCAAGACCAUAAGCCUUGAUCAAGCUGUCCAGGACCACCUGAUCCAACCAGAUCUUGCCCUGGCCCUUUUGGAAGCCCAGGCAGCCACAGGUGGCAUUGUUGACCUUGUGGGUGAGCAGCUCAUCCCUGUUGCGGAGGCCCUGGUGGUGGGACUCGCAGGACUAGAAAUGAAGGAGAAGCUGUUGCGUGCAGAGCGGGCAGUGAUGGGCUUCACCGACCCUUACACAGAGGAGAAAAUCUCCCUUUAUCAAGCCAUCCAAAAAGAGCUGAUUGGAAGAAAACUGGGCCUGCAUCUACUGGAAGCCCAAAUAGCUACUGGAGGGGUCAUUGAGCCUGUUUCUGGCCAUCGCAUCCCUCUGCAAGAGGCAUACGCACGGGGCUACUUGGAUGAGGAGCUGAGGAACUCCCUCUCUGAUCCAGAGAAUGAGGAGGCCAAGGGCUUCAGGGACCCUAAUACUGACCAGAUGGUCACCUACACAGAACUGAUGAGAAGAUGUGUUGCAGAUCCAGCCAGAGGCCUGCUCUUGUUGCCACUCAAGAUCUCUUUCCCCGGACUGAGAGGGCCCGUGUGUAGCCAUGAGCUGCUGGACUCUGGCGUCAUUGAUUCAGCUAUAUUUGAAGCCCUCCAGAAUGGGGAGGUGACAGCACAGGAAGUGGCAGAGAUGGACUCAGUGCAACAGUACAUGUCAGAGACCAGCAGCAUUGCUGGUGUAGCUGUCCUGCAAAUGAAUGAAUGUAGGAGUCUUUACCAGGCUUUAGUGGAGCACCUCCUCCUGCCUGGCACGGCUGUAAUUCUGAUGCAGGCUCAAGUGGCCUCGGGAUAUUUAAUCGACCCUGUACAGAAUGCAAAAUUCACUAUUGCUGAGGCUGUCCAGGCAGGAGUUGUUGGACCAGAGCUCUUUGGGAAACUGACUUCAGCUGAGAGGGCAGUCACAGGAUACAAAGACCCCUACACAGGGGAGACUCUCUCUCUGUUCCAAGCCAUGAAGAAACACCUGGUGCCCAGGAACCCAGGCCUUUUCCUGCUAGAUGCCCAGCUUGCCACUGGAGGCAUCAUUGACCCACACACCCAUCACCGGCUUCCUACAAAGACGGCCCUUCAGCGGGGCCACUUAGAUGAAGAGGUGCACAACCUCCUCUGCAACCCUACAGAUGAUGUCCGUGGGUUCUUUGAACCCAACUCAGAGGAGAAGUUGUCCUAUGGAGAACUGCUCUUGCGGUGUGUCACUGAUCCAGAAACUGGGCUCUGCCUCUUGCCUCUCUCUGGAGAUCAUGAGAGGAAUCAUACCUUUAUUGACCACAACACAAAGCUUGCCCUGAAAAACACCACUGUGUCUGUGGCCUCUGGUAGGUUCAAGGAAAAGCUUGUAUCCCUCUGGAAGCUCCUCUUCUCAGAACACUUUACAGGAGAGCAGAGGAGAACCCUUACCCAGCAAUUCUCUUCCGGGUCCCUUUCUCCUCAACAGCUGGCUGACAAAAUCUGUCACACUGUGGAGCAAACCGCUGCCAACUCCCAAGUCACCUUUGAAGGCCUGAGGGAAAAGGUGACACCUGCCCAACUCUUGAGCUCUGAAAUCAUCAACAGAGACCUAUUUGAGAAGUUAACACAGGGAGACACCUUGGUCAAAGAAGUUAUUAACAUGGGCACAGUGAAGAAGUACUUGGAAGGGACUGGUAGCAUUGGCGGACUGCUCCUGCCUGACUCCCAAGAGAGAAUUAGCAUCUACGAAGCCAGGAUGAAGGGUUUCCUUCGACCGGGAACAUCGCUCAUCCUUCUGGAGGCUCAGGCGGCCACUGGAUACAUCAUUGACCCUGUGGCCAGUCAGAGGUAUUCUGUGGAUGAGGCCUUGCGUGCCAACAUCAUUGGUCCAGAUGUUUACAGCAAGCUGCUGGCUGCUGAGAAAGCAGUUACUGGCUAUCAGGACCCUUAUACUGGGAACAAGAUCUCCCUUUUCCAGGCUAUGAAAAAGGACCUUAUUGUCAAAGAACAUGCUAUUCGCCUUCUAGAGGCCCAGAUUGCCACUGGAGGCAUCAUUGAUCCUAUCAACAGCCAUCGCCUUCCUGUGGAAGUGGCCUACAAACGGGGCUUUUUUGACAAGAAAAUGAACCUGAUCUUGUCAGAUCCCAGUGAUGACACCAAAGGCUUCUUUGACCCAAACACGCAUGAGAACCUGACCUACCUGCAGCUGAAAGAGAAGUGUAUCGUGGAGUCCACCACAGGCCUCUGCCUCCUGCCACUCAACAGGAAGAAGCACCAACUCCUGGAUGAUGCCACUAAGCAGACAUUCAGGAACUCCUGGCUCUUCAUAAAAUAUGGGCGUUUUCAGGGACAAAGAGUCUCCCUGUGGGAUCUGCUGAACUCAGAGUAUUUCAGUGAGGGAAAGAGAAGGGAAAUAUUCAACCACUACAGCCUUCAGAAGGUCACCCUGGAGCAAAUUUGUCUCUCUUUGGAAGAAGAAAUGAAGAAAUGGGCUUGCAUUGAAUUCCCAGCUCUCAGAGGGAAAGUCAGAGCUUACCAUCUGCUGGAGAGAGGCAUAAUUGAUCGGGCUCUCUUUGAAGAGAUGCUGGAUGGAGCAGUAAGCCCAGAGGAUGUGCUGUGCCUGGAUUCAGUCAAAAAGUACCUCUAUGGCACUGGAAGCAUUGGGGGAAUUCUGCUGCAGCCCUCCAAUGAAAGAGUGAGUCUCUAUGAAGCUAUGAAGCGGAAUAUUGUGAUGCCUGGAGUUGUCCUGCCCUUGUUGGAGGCCCAGGCAGCAACUGGAUUCAUUGUUGAUCCUGUGAACAAUGAAAGACUCUCCCUGGAUGAUGCUGUGAAGAAAGGCCUUGUUGGCCCCGAGCUUUAUGAGGUGUUGCAGCAUGCAGAAGAAGCUGUCACUGGCUACAAUGACCCCUUCACAGGCAAGAAGAUCUCUCUCUUCCAAGCUAUGAAGAAGGGUCUUCUGGCAGACAGGCAAGCCAUACAGCUGAUGGAUGCCCAGCUGGCUACUGGGGGGGUCAUUGAUCCACACAGUGGUCACUAUGUCCCCAUAGAAUUUGCCCAGAAAAAUGGUUACCUGGAUGAGGAGUUCAGGAAAAUGCUUUCCAACCCAAGCAGUGACUCCAAGGUUUUCAGCACCCUGGACAGGAAAGAGAAGGUGAGCUAUGGCCAGUUGAUGGAUCAGUGUCAGAAAGAAGCAAGUUCUGGCAUUCGCCUGCUGCCUCUGUCACAAAUGGCUUCUCCUCGCUACACUGAAGAACAGAUCCAGCAGCACUUUAGGGAGACCUUUGUUGAAGACAAGGGGGUCUCUCUCUGGGACCUCCUUAGCUCUGGUUACUUUACUGAGGAGCAGAAAAGAGACUUUUUGGAGAAGUAUAACUCUGGAACAGUUUCUCUUCGCCAGCUGGUCAGCCUUGUCCAGGGACUUAUUAAGGACAUAGAAAUGAAAGCUAAAAUGCAGGUCACUUUCCAAGGCCUGAGAGGUGCAGUGCCAGCCGUCUGGCUUCUGGAUACAGGCAUCAUUUCAGAAAAGACAUUUGCAGAGCUGGCUCAGGGCAAGAGAUCAUCGAGAGAUGUGUCUGAGAUGGAAAGGGUAAAGCAAUACUUGCAGGGCACAGGUAACAUUGCUGGAGUUUUCAUUCAGUCCUCCAAAGAAAAAAUGGGCAUUUACCAAGCUAUGCAGAAAAAGCUCCUUCUGCCAGGGGUGGGGGCACAGCUACUAGAAGCACAGGCCGCCACCGGAUCCAUCGUGGACCCAAUGUCUAAUCGGCGAUUUGGAGUUGAGGAGGCCAUCAAAAGUGGCAUCGUAGGAGAAGAGCUUAUGGAACAGCUUCUCCAGGCCGAGAGAGCAGUGACUGGCUUCCUUGACCCCUACUCUGGAAAACCAAUCUCGGUGUGCCAGGCCAUUAGGAAGGAGCUCAUCCCUGCCAGGGUUGGGAUCCCUGUGCUUGAGGCUCAGCUGGCCACUGGAGGAAUCAUUGACCCUUUUCAUUGCCACCACCUGCCCCUCCAGGCCGCCUUCAAGCACGGCUUCUUUGAUGAAGAAAUGCAGAGGACGCUUUCUCAGGACAGCAAGGAGAGCCACGUUUUCUUUGACCCAAAUACACAGGAGAGCCUGACCUAUCAGCAGCUGAAGGACAGGUGCAUCCAGGAUCCCGAGACUGGACUCUGGCUUCUCCCACUAUCUGAAGAGGCAGCUUUCUAUGGAGACCCACAAGCCAUGGAGGUGCUAAAAUCUUUCUCCAUCUUGGUCAAAGUUGGGAGGUUUAAAGGACAAGAAGUUUCUCUCUGGGACUUGCUCCACUCUGAGUACAUCACGGAUGGCAAGCGGAGAGAGUUGGUGGUGAUGUAUAAAGAAGAGCAGGAGGAGCUUCUUCAAGAAGUGGCAUCUGCCAUCACCAAGAUCAUCGAAGAGACUGAGCAGCAGGGCAAGAUGUUCAUCUUCAAGGGCCUGCGGAAAAAGGUGUCAGCCAGUGACCUCUUUCAGUCCCAGCUCAUAGAUAUGACAACUCUGGAUGAACUCAGGCAGGGAAAGAAAACUGUCCAGGAAGUCAGUGAGAUGGAUUUUGUCAAGCAGCAUCUGGAGGGGUGCAACUUCAUUGCAGGUGUCCUCGUAGAACCCAAUCGUGAAAGAAUGAGCAUCUACCAAGCCAUGAGGCAGGGUCUCCUGAGACCAGGGGCAGCUCUGGUCUUGCUGGAGGCCCAGGCAGCCACCGGGUAUCUCAUUGACCCAGUGAAAAACAGGAAGCUGUCAGUGGACGAAGCAGUGGCAACGGGGCUGAUUGGCAGAGAAGUUUAUGAGAAGCUGCUGAGUGCAGAGAAGGCUGUCACAGGAUACACCGAUCCCUACACCAAGGAGCAGAUCUCUCUCUUUGAGGCCAUGAAUCAAGAGCUGAUCGUGAGGAGCCACGGCAUCCGCCUGCUGGAGGCUCAGAUAGCCACGGGGGGCAUCAUCGACCCCGUGCACAGCCACCGCAUCCCCGUGGAGGUAGCGUACCAGCGGGGCUACUUUGAUGAGGAAAUGAACCGGAUCCUUUUGGACCCCACCGAUGACACCAAGGGCUUUUUUGACCCCAAUACGCAUGAGAACCUCACUUACCUGCAGCUCCUUGAACGCUGCAUCCAAGAUCCAGAAACUGGGCUGCACAUGCUGCAGAUUGUCAAACGGGGGGGAAGGUACUUCUACAUUGACGAGGCGACAAAAGGGUUUUUGAAAGCACAGCCUAUGAAGGUACAGGUAGGCAGGUAUAAAGGCCAGUCUGUCUCUGUGUGGGACCUCCUCUGCUCCCCAUAUAUCCAGGAGCAGAGGAGAAAAGAUCUGGUCAGGCAGUACAAGGGGGAGACACUCACGUUGCAACAGCUCCAUAAAGCCAUCACCACUAUUGUGGACCAAGCAGAAGAGGAAGCCCAGAAGCUCAAGCUGAAGGGGCUGAGGGGGAAAGAGGUGUCUGCUGCAGACCUCUUCAACUCAGAAAUCAUUGACAAGAAGACACUGGACAGCUUGCACCAGCAGACCCUUACUCUUCAGCAGCUGGCCCAGAGGGACUCCGUGAAGCGCUAUCUGGAGGGCACAGGUUGCAUUGCGGGGGUCUUGGUAGCCGGCCAGGGGCUGAAGCUGUCUGCCUAUGAGGCCAUGAAGAGAGGCUUUCUCUCCCCAGAACAUGCUCUGAUGUUGCUGGAGGCACAGGCUGCUGCAGGGCUCCUUACUGACCUGCUGGAGAAGAAAGCCCUCUCGGUUGACCAGGCCAUCUCUGUGGGGCUUCUGGGUGAAGAGUUUCGCGAGAAGCUCCUCCUUGCUGAGAGAGCUGUUACUGGAUACACUGACCCCUCCACAGGGGACAAAAUCUCUCUUUUCCGAGCCAUGAAAAGAAACCUGGUAGAGAAAGCCCAUGCCCUGCGGCUGCUGGAGGUGCAGAUGGCCACAGGCGGCGUCAUUGACCCCAUGCACGGUCACCGCCUCCCAGUGGAGGUGGCUUGCAGGAGGGGCUGCUUGGACGAAGACGCUUCCCUUCUGCUGUCUGACAGAGGACUUGUAACCAAAGGAUUCGUAGACCCUAACACCCAGGAAAGGGUCACGUACGCACAGCUCCUGCUCAGGUGUACCAAAGACGCGAAGACGGGCGCAUCCCUGCUGCCGUUACUGGAGAAGAGGGAGUAUUUCUUUGUGGAUGAAAUAACUAAACGUGUCCUCUCCUCUAGCAAUUUAAAGGUCGGCACAGGGAAAUACAGAGGACGGGCCAUCUCUCUGUGGGAACUUCUUUCUUCAGACUACGUUACAGCAGAAAAGCAGAAAGAGCUGAUUAAAGAAUAUAAAGAGGGAGGCUUCGCAGUUUUGCAGCACAUCACCAGUGAAAUCCUGAAGAUAAUACAGGAAAAAGAAGACAGCAGGAAGGAUAUAUGGUUCCAAGGACUACGGAAGCAAGUCACAGCUUCUGAACUACUAAAGGCUGACAUCAUUAGUAAAGAAACUAUGAGUAACCUGGAAGCAGGAAAAGAGAGCGCCCAAGAUGUAGCAAAGAUAGACUCGGUGAGGAGGUACCUGGAAGGCACCAGCUGCAUCGCCGGAGUGCUGGUGCCGUCCAGGACAGACCCUUCCAAGUCAGAGAAGAUGACCAUCUACCAGGCCAUGUGGAAGGGCAUUCUGAGGCCGGGCACGGCCCUGGUGCUGUUGGAGGCCCAGGCCGCCACGGGCUUCAUCACUGACCCACUGAGAAAUGAAAGACUUUCUGUAAGUCAGGCGGUUGCUGCUAGCGUAGUAGGGGAAGAAAUCCAGAACAAGCUUCUUUCUGCAGAGAGAGCUGUGAUAGGCUACACGGACCCAAACACGGGAAAAACCAUCUCCCUUUUUGAAGCAAUGAAAAAGGAACUAAUCUUAAAAGAGCACGGGAUCCGCCUGCUGGAGGCCCAGAUCGCCACGGGGGGCAUCAUCGAC